AUGUCCAUGUUGUCGUGCCGUGUGUUGUGUCUGUUGGCCAUUGUGCUCUGCUAUGUGGGUGUGACUCAUGCUGAUCCUGCUUCAGGGGGCAAGUUGGAAUUUGUUAAGGAAGCACAAGAGAAGGCUACGGAAACUUUGAAACUGAAGGCGGAGUGCGAGGAAGCCACCAAGGAAGCUACAGCGGCCGCGCAUGCAGCUCAACUAUUUGCUGAGGAAACCAAGGCUAAUCUCGAAAAAAUUGCUGCUGACCCAAAAGAGGUGGAGAAAACGAAGAUUGAAGGUCUUAAAUUUAUUGAAAACGCAAAGAAGGCUGCAGAGAAAGCAAAAAAAGUGCGCGACGAAACUAUAACCAGUAAAGAUGAUACUGAAUCAAAAGCUUUUUUUGCUAAAAUGCUGGCAGGAGUUACUGAUCAACAACCAGAAAUUGCGGCGGCAAUGAAAGCAGCUGACGCUGCACAAGACGCUAUAACUAAUGCUAACGAUGCUAUCGACGUUGCGAAUGUUCAUGCCAAUAAUGUGGAGAGUGUCCUGAGGAAACUCGACGACGCAGUUGCUGCAGCUGAAAAGAAGAAGGAAGAAAAACAGGUGGAGACUCAGGCACAGCAACAGACAAAUGAAACAUCUCUUGGUGAGCAGCAAGGCCAUACAGAAGGAAAUAAGACGGAGCAAACACAAGAAGCUCAGUCUUCUUCUUCCUCUUCUCAUUCUUCUGAUGCUCCUGAUGUUCGUGAAACGUCUGCCAUUCCUUUACCCACGAAUGCUACAAUAACGAAUGGCAUCACACAAAAUGACGGCAGCAGCAGCCCUGCGUUACUGCGUGUUCCACUCCUGCUGCUGCUGCUCUCUGUGCUGGGCUGCAUGGCCGUGUGCUGA